CGCAGUGGUUUAACUCUGUCGACGCUCGGUGGUCCAGAAAGUCCCGAAACACACGCCGUUUUACAUUAAAGACGGACUUUGUCUGGUCAGUCGAACUCGAGUGACCAUUUCUAGUGACCGGUUCGACGUGUGAACUGAAGACAAAGCGGGUCUCGCGCUGUUUAAGAGGCUCCAAACGCAACAACAAGAGCAGGAGUCUCCCUCCAGUCCGCCCACAUGGCUGAACCAAACUUCCCACCGUUGCCUGGAUUCAUUCCACUGAAGCCCUGCUUUUACCAGGACUUUGAGGAAAUCCCAGAGCAGCACAGGAGCCUGUGCAAGAAAAUGUACCACUUGUGGAUGUUGAACGGCGCAACGCUCGCAGUGAAUUUAGUCGGAUGUUUUGCGUGGAUGUUCGGAGGGGGCGGCGUCACCAACUUUGGGCUGUCCAUCAUCUGGCUGCUGAUGUUCACGCCCUGCUCUUACGUCUGCUGGUUCAGGCCCAUCUACAAGGCUUUCAAGACUGACAGCUCCUUCAACUACAUGCUCUUCUUCUUCGUCUUCAUGGCUCAAGUUGGCAUCAGCAUCAUCCAAAGCAUCGGCAUCCCGGGUUGGGGAGUCUGCGGUUGGCUGGCCACCAUCUCCUUCUUCAGCUAUAAUAUUUUGAUAGCUCUGGUCAUGCUGAUCCCCACGCUGAUGUUCACUGCCGUGGCCUCACUCUCCUUCAUCGCCCUGACUAAGAUCCACAAUUUCUACCGCGGCAGCGGAGGCAGCAUGUCCAAAGCCCAGGAGGAGUGGACCACCGGCGCCUGGAAGAACCCCCAUGUCCAGGCGGCGGCUCAGCAGGCCGCCAUGGGAGCCGCCGCAGGGGCCAUGCAGGACCAGUACUCCAGCCCUCAGUACAACGACAACCAGAUGUAGCGCUUAGACAAGACCCUUGUGUAAUAGUUACGCCAAAGAUCAGAUGAGAGCUUGUGACUGUGACCAGAUUAAGGUGCGUAGUUUAAUACAAUAAUUUAUACAUGUGGUGUAUAUAUAUAUAUAUAUAUAUAUAUAUAUAUAUAUAUAUAUAUAUAUAUAUAUAUAUAUAUAUAUAUAUAUAUAUAUAGUUCAGUAGAAAGAGUGCAAGAGUAAUUUGUAAGGUGGUCAUAAUGUUUUGACGUAUUGGUGCACAGACCACUUGUAUUUUUAACAGCCUAGUCUCGUUAUGUUUGUGUAUUUAUAUUCGAAUGUUCUCAGUGUUUUGUAUGUCAGGUAGAGAAGACCUUUCCUUCUGCUAUGCAGCGUGUGACCACUGGGUGGCGCUAGCGGUCCGUCACAUUAAAGAGGCAUGAAACGCUUCAACACUUCCACUCCUCCUUUUGCAGAUAUUAGUUUUGUUUAUUGGUGUUUACUUUCCGCGGCUUUCAUCCAUCGGCCCCCGAACUCACAAGGCUGCGCAGCUGAGUCAGUUGAGUCAACACGCUGCAUGUGCAGGAGCGGCCCCCAAAACAGUUGGUGGGGACGGACGUGAUAAUGAUCACUCCUCCCAGCAAGCUGUGUGUUUUUCAUCACCUGAUAUGAAGAUUAAUUCCACGCCACUGGACGCCAGCAAGCAGGUUUCGUCAGCCGAACACUUUUCUUUUAAU